AUGGACCGGACGGGUAAUGACGGUACUAACGACCAUGCCGAGGUUCUCCACUUGAUGCGAAUCCCUUGGUGCGCGAAGCACCUUAAACGGACCGCAGACGUCGACGACGACGACGACGACGGCGACGACGAUCAUCCAAAGGCGCCGCUCGUCGUCCAAGUCCACGCCAACAGGACCGUGCUGCCGACCAAAGAGAACCAGCUCGUCGGCGACACGCUCAACACCGCCGCCACCAUCGCGGCCUGGGUCCACGUCUACCCGCGGCCGUGCGCGCGUCUCGGGUUCCGCAUCCGCCACUUCGUCUCGCUGAUAGCGCUCGAGGACGGCAUGAUGGGGUUCCCGGGUUCGCUGCACGGCGGCGCCGCGUCCCUGCUCGUCGACGAGGUCACGGGCAUGCACAUCGCCUCGCAGCGGGAUCCCAAGGAGCCGCUGAACAAGGACUUCCGGACGGCCUAUCUCAAGACCGAGUACCUGAAGCCUGUCCCGGUGCCGGGGACGGUGCUGGUCAGAUCCGAGAUCGAGCGGGUGGAGGGAAGAAAGCACUGGAUCAGGGCCACGAUUGAGGACGGGAGUGGCGAGGUACUGGCCAAGGGGGAGGUUUUGUACAUAGCGCUCAAGACGACGUGGAAAUUGUAG